AUGGAUUCAACAAAGAGCAGUGGCGAAACAGCAAUUAACAUCACCGAGUCUAAAUCCAGCGAAGGCAAGGCUCCUGCAACUCAUACUGCUACGACAAAGGCAACUCCAUAUCAGCAAGGUGGAUGGAAGAGAGGCAUUUCUAUAUUUGACUUCAUAUUAAGAAUUUGUGCAAUUGUGGCUGCUUUAGUUGCAACCACCACGAUGGGAACCACUGAUGAAACUCUUCCUUUCUUCACACAAUUCUUCCAGUUCCAAGCCAGCUAUGAUGACCUCCCAACUUUCAUGUUCUUUGUGGUGGCAAAUGCUAUUGCUAGUGGCUACUUGGUACUAUCCCUGCCUUUCUCCAUCGUCUGCAUUGUUCGUCCACAUGCUGCAGGAGCAAAGCUUCUCCUCCUCAUUUUCGACACAGUGCUGGUGGCUUUUACUACAGCUGCAGCAGCCUCGGCUGCAGCCAUCGUGUACCUAGCCCACAAUGGAAAUGCCAACACAAAUUGGUUUGCAAUUUGUCAACAGUUCACUGACUUCUGCCAGCGUGUUAGCAGCGCAGUGGUGGCUUCAUUCAUUGCAGCAGUCAUCUUCAUAUUUCUCGUCAUGCUUUCUGCUAUUGCUCUUCGUAGGCACUAA